UACCGGGCAAGGGUUGACUAUCGCAGUCCUUUGUCGUGUGGUCGGGAAACUUCACCGAGACACAAUCGGCCUCUGAAAGUGGGCGGGUCGCGUAGUUUGCUGAGCUGGCAGAACGCGGAACCCAACCCCCAUACGCCUUUCCGGAUCAUGGCUACGAACGACUCUGCUGUGUUGGAGAAGAUGCAAAGAGAAGAG